ACUAAAGAGCUGGAGCAGAUCUCAUCGACGCAUCAUCAGUCAUGAGAAUGAUGUAUACGUGCUUUGUCUGUAACUAUCCAGUGUUGCUCCCCAGAGCAGAAUUGGUAACAGCUCCUGUUGGGAGGUCACCAUUCAAUGCUGAAACCCUCAACCUGGAGAAGGAUCAAGGUGGGAACAAUGCAGGGCACACCGUUGUGGUGGAUUCUGUCGAGUACAACUUCCACCUCUUGCCCAGUGGAGUAAUCAACAAAGAAUGCCACAUCCUUCAUUGGCAAUGGGGUGGUUAUUCACAUCCCAGGACUCUUCGAGGAAGGUUUGGAAGGCUGGGAGUCGCGGUCGGUGAUAUCGGACAGAGCCCACAUCGUGUUUGAUUUCCAUCAGGCAGUGGAUGGUGUGCAGGAGCAGCAAGGUCAGAAGGUGGCCGGGAAAAAGUGAGUGUGCCGGACCACGCCUCGCUGAGACUGGAGGGAGGUGGGCCGUAUUUGCGGGGCGUAAGUGUUCAGAGGUGACCGGCCCAUCUUUGACCUGUUCUCAUCUCUCUCUCUGUCUCUCUCUCUCUCUGUCUCU